AUGCAACGUGGGACUUACGUGGAGUCGGGCCAUCCUGCGGAGCCGCUUAGAAUGUGGGUGGUGGGCGCCGCUUCCAGCAGGCCUCAGAUAUUGUGGAGUGAGAGUGGGAGUGAGGCGGACGUCACACCUCGUUUCGAUCAGAUUGAGGAGGAGGAGGAGACCUGUGGUGUGGGGCUGGAGUUUAUUGUGCUUAGAUCUGCGUUUGCGUGGCCGUGCAAAUUUUUAUUUUGCCAGAUUACGAGGAUGUAUUUGUGCGGAGGGAGGUGGUGCGUGUGUUGGGGAGGAGCGCGUGGUGAGGGAUGCGUCGGUGGUGGUGAGGCCCAAUGCGGGGAAUGGAGGGGACGCGGAAAGCUGCAGGAAUUUUCCCGUUUCAGUUGA